AUGCCACCGCCAACGGUGACUGCACCGCGCUCGGCGGGCUUCGAGCAUAUAAUGGCCGCCAAAGACACGAACGUGGACAUCGUCGGAGUCCCACCUAUCGGUGCACAUCAUCAAAAGACAUGGACGGAGCAGGGAUCAAGGUCACCCUGGCUAGAAACGGAACUACUCAAGCGCAUGCCCAGGGCACGCGUGCUGCUAUAUAACCAUGGACCGCUGCAUGAGCACAAUAAGAUUGAAGAUUUUGGUCAGCGACUACUGAACCAUCUACUGCACGAGAGACAAUCGCAGAGCAUUCGACGGCCUCUAUUCUUCAUCUGCCAUAGUACUGGAGGCCUGGUGGCCAAAGCAUGUCUCGCUUUAGCCUCACGGGCCGAGCCGAACCAGCAGGUCGUCCUGACCAGUUGUUACGGCAUCGCCUUUUUUGCGACUCCUCACCAGGGCUCCAGUUAUCUGUCCGCGGAGGAGUAUACCUCGAGUAUACGCCAUUUGCUGCAUUUAGAGCAGGAGAUAUCACCCGCGCUCAGAAAACAGUUCCGACCCCGGCAGGAGCGACUAUGGCAUUUGUCCAACCAGUUCAAGGCCCUUUCGGCAGAUAUGAAGGUUUGGUCCUUUCUAGAGACUGUAGACUCGAAUCUACAUGUUUUGGACUUGGAAACACGGAAUAUCGUGGAAUUCCAUGCGCCCAUAACUUCCAUUCGGUCCGGACUACUCGGCAUCGAACAUGAGAUCGAAUUCCCUAUGGCUACUGACCAUGCUGGCACAGCUUGCUUUCAAGGCCAAUAUUCAACCCUGGACAAGUUCCUCGCGGAAUUAAGCCAAUCUGUGACCGAGGCAGUGAAGCUGUCCAAGCAUAUGGACACUCCCGUCAACGUGGAAUCGGAAGUCAUGGUACAAGUCAACGGAUUCUUUGAAGAUACUGCAUUGGGUGUCAGCGAUGAGUCCCCAUUAAAGUUGUGGUCUGCUUGUGUUUCUUUGGAAACCUAUCUUGCGAAAGGCCCUUUGGCUUGUCUUCGGGAACGAUUGGGCCGUACUCAGCCCGUUGGACUGGACGAUUCUUCUUUGAGUAGUUUCGACAGCCCUCGACACUCCUUCCCACACGUCAUCCCAGGCCCGGAAGAGCUUGUGACCGAAGAAGAUCAUGAUCUGAAUAAUACUGAUCAUGAGGACGAAGUCCGACCCUCAAGGCCGAUCCUGCAACGUAUUCAAAGCCUCGUGGAGCCAGCGCAGCAAUCGCCGACCGUUCACAUCACUGUACAACAUGACGAAUAUUUCGAGCCUCAAAGUGAAAGUCCUCCACCACCUGUUGAGCGUUUUCGAAGGAAUUCUAUUGCCCAGACUUUAGGACUAAGCACGUUGAGGUCCCACCGACGAAGUACCUCUGAUGGGAGCUCCCACACAAGUGGUUCGCGCCCGUCGAGCUCCGGGUCUCCACAGCGACAGUCACGGUUCCUGACCAUCCCAUCGACCACUCACGACCGUAUAAACGAAGCUACGGAAACGCGGGAUAUCCCUCGCUCGGUACCUCGCUUUGACCGGCCAGAGCCUGACACUGAAAAACUACUUUGGAUCCAUGUUCCAUAUACCCACACCGGAUGGGUGUCGCAAGUCAUUCGACGCGCAUGUCACGACCGCCAUGAACCAAAUUUUCUACGGAAAUUUAUCAACGACGAAAAUUGGUAUCUGAACCUGAACAGAGCACGACAUCUGGAGCCACAUGCACGCUUUGUCAAGCCGAUGUGUAUCCAUUCUCGGCAGAUGGGUUCUCCACAACCCCCCAAGCCUGGCACUUCUGAGGAUCCCCAGUUGGCUCUCUAUACCCCCUAUCUCCAUUGGGACACCUACCGAAACCUGGUCGAACGGCGGAAGGUGGUCGAGGACAGACUUCGACAAGGCCGAUCACGACCAGUCCCAAGCAGGAUUUCAGAAUCCAGCCUAGAAGCACAGUUAAUAUGGCAGUACUUGGGAUGCGAACCACCAAUUCACUUCCGUCGUACCCUAGACCAAUACGGGUACCCCAACCUACGUUCGACCGUCGCUCGCGAUGACGACCAGAUGUUAUGGAAGCGUACACGCAAAGCUGUCGAUCUUGACGAUCAGCUUCGGAGCUAUAUGGAAGCUACCGAUGGCGAGCCCAGUGAUCCAGAACGCACCGUAUUCAUGGAUGGGAAUGUGCUCAUGGUUGACCAGCUCUGGCUCUGGAUUGUCGAUCAGAAGACCGUUGUGACAUUCUUUCCAAAUCAAGAGGCUACAACCUCUGAAGGGAAACUGUUCGAACAGACGAAUCUGCACAGCACUAUUUAUAAUGAGUUGAACGGCGAUCUGGCGCGUCGAUUUGAGACGGCGGGGGACCUUGCUGCGCUUAUUAUGCUGCAUGCUGUGACUGUUCUUCUUGACAAGACUUUACAUCACGACCUCCAAGUCUUGCGAAUCUUUGAAGAGUCUAUAAGCAUUCUGACCGAAUCUGUCACCAAAUCAUUCAAACGUUUCCGCAACCGCGGCUUCAGCAACGGCCCGGCGGACUACAAUCUCACAACCGAGGGAAGACCAAUGACAGCCACCCAGCGCAACGAACGAGACCAGAAAAUGGCACGAAGAAAUCGUGACGACUUGUCUGUUCUUCUUGAACUCCGAGAUAUCGAAGACGAACUCGCCACCAUUCUGAAGCUUCUCGACCAGCAAGACGGAGUAAUUAAGAGUAUGAUAAAAUACUUCGAAAUCAAAGGCUGUGGGAGAGUCUUUCUCGAUGCAGCUCAGUUGCGAAUCGACGAGUAUCGCAUCCAAAUCAAUGAAAUGAAAGAGAACAGUCACCUCACCCAAAAAGCAGUGGAGACCCUGCUUGAUCUCAAGCAAAAACAGGCAAAUGUCGACGAAGCUAAGAUUGCGCGCUGGCAAGCUGAAGCAACCCAGAACCAGUCGCGAUCGGUGAUGGUAUUCACCAUAUUCACAGUAAUCUUUCUACCCCUAUCAUUUUUCACCUCCCUGUUCGGCAUGAACGCCAGAGAAUGGAGCGGUGUACAAGAAAACCCCACGCUAGUCGAGAUGAUAGAGAUAGCCGCACCGGCAUCGUUCGCCAUAAUCUUCCUCUCCCUGCUCCUAGCAUUCAGCGAAAAUCUCCGCCAAGCAGCAACCACAUACAACAAAAUCGGCUUCGGGCUACUCAAAGACUUCAUUCUCUUACCAAUCGAAAGGCUCCUCCACUUGGAUACGCUGGCGAACCAAUUCCCGUCAACGGUCGUAUCGGACGAUUCAGCGAUGCGCAUAAGAUUCAACCAUUAUCUUGGGUAUGAGACCCAUAGCAAGCAGCAUUAUGAAGACUUCUGGCAGAGAAGGGAGCAUGAGAUGAGUCCACUUGCAGAGCUUGAGCGUAAGGCAAGGAAGAAGUCGAGGGCUCGGGGAAAUCGUGAAUCGCUUGAGGAGAAGUCCUGA